CUCUAAUAAAUAUACUACGUAUACUACUAUAUAUGUUAUGCUAUAAAUAGUAGUUAUGUUGCAUUCCUGCAUAUACCGUUUUGUUGAGAGAGAGAGAAGCAGAUAGAACUUUUGGUACGUAAGCAUAAUGAAUCGUAUAACUAUAUAUAAAAUGAUCUAUCAUCUUUAUUAUCAUCAAUUAUAUUUCAUAACAACUAUUAUUAUAGAUCAUACGACAUGUCUGAAUCCCAAUCUAGUAUAGAUCAAUUGACGCCGGCUCAACUGGAUACCUUCCAUCAAUUCAAACUUAUAACUGGCUUAACUGAUAAUGAAGAUGAUAAUGAUAACAUUAUAUCAUUAUUAGCUUUUAAUGAGUAUAAUGUCAAUCAUGCCAUUAAUGCCUUUUUUGAAUCUGGAUUUGAUUCAUUACAAUAUCAUACUCCAAAUGUAGUCCCUGCUACCCCUAAUUCUACCAAUGUUGAAAGUGAAAGAAGUAGAACUCCUUUGGAAACUUUUAGUUCUGGUAUUGAUAUUCAUGAUGAAAUUUCAAAUAUUCAUAAUAGAAGACAUAGUAAUAAUAUGCAUACUACCAGUAAUUUACAACAACAAUUCUUUAUGGAGAAUUUAAUCCCUCGAUUACCUAAAGCUCCAAGAAUUUCAAAUGGUUGGCAAUUGGAUGUCGGUAUUCAUACAUCAAUUAUGGAAACUCGUCAACGUGAAAAGGAAUUGAGUGAACAAGUUAUAGAUGAAAAGGAAGUUGAACUUACUGAUGAUUCAACUAUGUCAUCAGAUACAUCUAAGAAAAUCCAUGUAUCAUUAUGGUUGAUACUAUUAAUCAUACCUCGAACUUUAUUAAAUUUAAUCAUAUCAGCAUUUAAAUAUUUAUUCGGAUUUGGAAAACUUAAACUUUCUUCAUCAUCAUCAUCUAAUUAUAACAAAUUACCUAAAUCAUUCAAUUAUGAUCAAGAUUUCGAUUUUGAUUAUACAUUCUUACCUUGGAUAGAACAAGAAUUUGAAAAAUUAUCCCCAAAAGAAGAAGAAGAUCCAAUAGAGGAAAAUCCAUCUCAAACUACAGCCUCAGUGACCACAACAUCAUCAUCAUCAGUGGGUGAAUUAUUUGAAAAGUUUAAUAUCGAAAGUACCAACUUCAAUGAAGUCCAUGAACGUUGUCAAAAACAUUAUUUAUGGUUAUUUGUAAUCAUCAUCAAUUCCCAUCAAGAUUCAAUUAAAUUCCUUCAUACAUUAGUCCAUGAUCCUCAUUUCAAUCGAUUAUUCAAUAAAUCCACCGGUGAAUUCAAAGAAUCAAUCAUUUACAUCAAUAACGUCACUAAAUCACCGGAAACGUUUGAAUUGGGGACGAUUUAUAAAAUUAAACGUAUACCUUAUAUCAUGUUAAUUGGGAAUGUAUCCCCCUCCCCGGAAAUCAUGGCAUCAAUGUCGAUAGUGUAUAAGUCUAAUCUUAUCCUUCAGGAAUUAUUAAGAGGAGGAGAGAAUGAACAUGAUGAAUUAAGAAAACUUUCGAAAAAAGUGUUUAAGAAUAUCUAUAAAUCAAUGGAGAUUUUCAAUCCUCAAUUGAUUUCAAAACGAUUUGAUCAACAAGAGAUUGAAUUCGCAAGAUUGAUUAAGCAACAACAAGAUAAUGCCUUUGAAAAAUCCUUAAAACAAGAUCAAUUAAAGAAAAUCAAACGAGAAAAAUUAAUCACCCUUCAAAAAUCAAUCGCUUUGAAACAAAAUUUAAGAUUGAAAUUCUUAUUAAACCUUAUCAAAUCAAAAUAUCAUACUUCAAUCACCAAUAAUGAAAGUAGUGACGUUACGAAAGUAGCGAUUAAAUUACCUACUGGGAAACGUAUCAUUAAUACAUUUGAUAAAUCGAUAUCGGUGAAUCUGAUUCAUUUAUACGUGGAAUUAAUCUUAUUCAUGGCUGAACAGAAUAUCGCCGAUGAUGAUGAAAGUGUUAAGAUUGAUGAAUUGAUUGCUGAUAUCCCCUUUGAUGAUGAAGAUUAUGAAGAUUUAACCAUGGAUCAAUAUUUUGAAUUAUAUAAAUUUAAAUUCAAUUUAAUUCAACCAUUCCCAAAGAGAAUUAUCGUCGCUAAUGAUGAUUCCAUUGGAUCAAUUGAAGAGUUUAAGUCGGGUGCAAACUUAUUAGUGGAGUAUAAUGAUGACGAUGAAGAAGAUGAAGAUGAAGAUGAUGAAGAAUUGGAGUUGGAAGAUAAUGAUGACGACGUAGACGACGAUGACGACGACGAUGAUGAUGAUACCACUAAUGAUUAUUAUGAACAAUAAUGAUAAAUUUUUAUAGAAUAAUACAUGAUUUUGUUUUUAGUUUUGAUUCAUCGCCUUUUGUGGUUAUAGUUGUGCCCAGUUGGUUGACUGCUUAAUUCGGUAUGUGUGUGACAGAAAUUUGAAUACAACAAAAAAAUAAAGAAAUGUGUUUUUGCAACAGAGAAAUCUAUAGAAAAACAAAUUUAGCCGCCAAACCAUUUUAAUAAUUAUAAGUAACC